UGGAAGUCAGUCGUAGCUCGACCAGCAUCACCAGCACAGCGACGUCCUAGGAGACACGUUCAUCUGGUCACAUAGAUCGAGUCACAAGUCCUUUUUUGUGUUUGUUAUUAUUUUUUCCAAUCCGUCUCGUUUGGAAAGAUUCAUCAUGCAGACUGCUGUGGUUUUGCUCUCCUGCCUCGCCUACGUCAGCGCCAUUCCCGUGCUGUUCCUCUCCUAUGCAGGGAGUUCGUCUCCGCUGAGUAGUUUCAUGGAAUGUCCCUUCCCUGUUCCUUAUGUGGAUAAAGCUACCUCGAAGAUCACAUACAAGUGUCCCCGCGGCAUCGAGAUCAUCGAGGCAGUGAGCACCCGCAGAGGAAGCGAAGCCGUGGAAAUCGUCGAGAUUGAUGACCUGGAAUCCUCUGCCCUGAACGACGGCGCUCAGGUGGUCGUGGUGAAGCCCCUGAAACCCACAGAGCUCGAAAACCCCGCCCAGGGAACCUACACGAGCAAGGACGACUGCAAGGACAAUGAAGUGUACAAUCCCGAAAUCGACGCGUGCCUGCCCUACAUCCCCGCCGGUUCCACCGACUCCGAGAAGCCCGACAAGCCCAACAAGCCCAACAGGCCCAACAAGCCCAAGAAGCCCACCAAGCCCCUGGAGAAGGAAGAGCAGCCCGUCGUCAUCGCCGUCGGCAAGGAGAAGCGACCGAGGUGCAAGGAGGGAGAGAUCUACCUGUCCGAGCUCGACAUCUGCGUCUGCUACCCCGAGGAGAACUGCGAGGACUAAAUGCCCUUCGCCAGAUGCAUGUGCGCGUGUGAGUGCAUGUGCGUAUGUGGGUCGGGACAGGCGCUCGCGGGAGACGCACAUGGACGCACAUGCGCCUGUGUGGGAUGGACGUGAGGGCGUGAAGACACUCAUACGCGCAUGGCUGUAUAUGCGGACGUGGGUCUGAACACGCACGCUUGAAGACAUAUAUACGUGUAUGCGUUUUUGUGAAUGUAUAUGCGUAUGUGGAUUAACCAUGAGGACAUGAAUGGACGUGGAAACACUUAUGUAUGCAGAUAACCAUAUGAACGUGUGAAUACAUAAAUGUACAUGAAGACAUAAGUACACAUGGAAACAUGAGGGUUUAUGAAUACAUGUACUUACAUGAAUACAAAUACAAACACAGGUCCCAUACACAUACCCAGAAAACUACCUAUUCAGGCACUGAUGUAGACACACACGCACACGCACAUGCACAUACACGCACACAGAUUCCAGAUGGCUGUUUGGAGAGCUGGUGAACGUAUUUUAUAUGAUCUGUAUAUGAGAAUCUAACAGAGUAUAUCAGUCAUGUAAAUACAGCUAACUUAAUUUAAAUAUUAUUUACAUUUGCCAGUGUCUUUUCUAGGAUCUGGCAUUUCCUUAGCUUUAAGUAGUUUAUACAAAAGCUUGUGAAAAUUUUUGGUAAUUCAAAAAAGAUUUUUUAUAUGCACUUUAUAUUCGCAAAGUAGACAUCAUAUGACUUAUAUAUAUAUAUUUGAUAGUACAAAACCUGUCUUCCUUUACCUUUGGUCAUGCAGAUAAUUUUUUCCAGAAUAAAUGAUUUGCACAAA